UAUCAGUUUAAAGUGUAUCAUUUCGUGGAUGCUGCACUAAAUGUUCACUGUAUCUAAAUGAGCUGGUUAGAUUGAGAGAGAGACGAACUAAAACUCGUCUUAUUUGUAAAAGAAUAACAAAAAAUGGUGAUUGUGGAUAAUAUAGUGGGGAAAUUAUACCCGCUUGUGAUAAACGAAGGCAUUAAAGAACAUGAAAUAAACGAAUGGAGAUUAUUAGGACAAGAAAAGGACAGUGUAAUUCUUUUUAGUUGGGUUGAGAAAGGUGAAAAUUUACCCCCAUCAACUCACAUAGGAACAUAUAAAUGCGCAGAAAAUGUGUUCAAAAAAAUCUUUUCUUUACCCAAAAUCGAAAAUGUUAUUCAAGCAACCAUAAACACCGAUCAUACACUAUUAGGGUAUGUAAUAAAAACUACCAAAGAAGACGACGAGGUUGUUUAUCGUCCAUUUUUGGUUAAAAUCGGGGAAAACUGCGAAGAACCAAGCUGCGAUUUAAAAAUCGAAAGAACCAAGCAAGUUAUGAUACAAUUUUUAUAUUACAAAAGAUCGAUUCUAAAUGAGAAUCCCACGGAAAAGUUAUUAGUUUUUAUUCAUGAAGAAUGUAUAAUGCAGUAUACUUUAACAAACGAAAUCAUCAAAAUGGUAUUAAAUCCAGAUAAAUUUCAUGUUGAGACGAUGGUUAAAAUUUUUUUAUGGGCCCAAUGGGACGCCGUUCAUCAAACGCUUUAUUACAUUCAUCAUAGAAAACCUAUAAGAAGUUUUGUUGAUGGGGAAGAUUCAGAUUUUCAUGUUUGUAGUCAAAAUAGUAAUACAUCACCAACUUUAUCUGGGAUGCAAUUCCAUGAUGAUUUACCAUACGAAUCAGUUUUGAAUAUACCGUUAAAUUUACCACAUUUAUCAUUUGCUGAAACAACUUGUAAUUUGUAUGAAGAUGACACCGUUCCUUUGCGUAUUCAUAAUUGUUCAUUGGAUUUAAUUGUUUUAACAGAUCCGGAUGGAGGAGUCUGUGUUUGUCAUCAUUAUUUAUACCAGCCUGUUAAAUCUUCUUAUAAACUUGAAGAUGAAGAUGAAUGUCCGGUUAAUUUUGCUUAUUCAGUAACAGUUCUUCACCACGGAUGUAUAAUUCAUUGUGUUAUACCAGGAAUUCCUUGGAAACAAGCUAAAUGCAUAAGACCUUUAUUUAUGUUUUAUGGUGAUCACAUGUUAGUAUCAAUUCCAAGUCUUUGUAUACAUCUUUUAGACAUUGGAUUUCUUCACGAACCAUGUUGCCACAUAGUUUUAAACGAUAACAACACUCCGAGUAUGGAUUUAAAUAAAAUCUCCUUGACCACAAUAAGAGGUUUAGGUGAUUCUAAUUUUGCAUUGAACGUGCCAACUUUAGACAUAAUCGAUUUUCACCUACCCACAAAAGAACUAGUCGAUACUUUUAAAUCAAUAAAUUCCCUGGAAAAUCGUUUAUCAAUUUUGCAUUAUUUAAUAGUUCACCGAAAUGAAGCUGAAGCGGUCGUCGAAUUGGUACAGUUUUAUAUCGAACAACAAAUUAUUGUAGGAACACCGCAAAUUUUUAAAGAAUUUUUAAUUGGUAAUUGUUACGCCUCCGUUUGUCGUACUUUACCAAGUGAUGCCAACCAAUUAAUUGAGUUACUUCCGGUUACAACUCAAGCGACUGGUUGCGAUGUGGAAGUUGAAGUUAACGAAAAAGUUAGAGUUUGUAUCUCUCAAGAUGCUCUAUGGAACGCUUCAAUGAUGUUGCUAUCGCCGCAGCAAAGAGUCGUUCCUUAUAGAGUUGAUAUUUGGGUUAAAUUGUGGGAAAGACUAUUGAAAAAUGCCAAAUCAAAACAAAAGUUUCGGCCUGCUCAAGUUGCUGAAAAGUUACUUGUAUCUUUAGUUUGUUAUCAACCUGAAGCUUUAUCUAGAUCAACAACACCAAUGUCGCCGAUUCCUUCAAGCAACUUAACCAAUUUACCUAAAGAUAUAGCUUCAAUAAAAAAUCCUGUGGGUUCUUUACCAUUUUAUGAAGUUGAAAGUUGUACAGCAAGUAAACAAGAACAUAUUAUUUCAGUUAAUUUGCGCGAAUUAAGUAUGCAUUUACUUAAACAAUCAACGGAUAAUAAAAUAAGCCGGUUCCAAUGGCAAUCACAAACUCCAAUGCAUGUUCACGCAGUAGCUACAAGAUAUGUUGGUGCUCAACUCGAACAAUCUCGAAAUCUUUGUCAAAUUUUAUGUAAAGCAUGCGUUAAAGCUUUAUGUACCGAAGAAAAAGGAUUUUUAUUUAUUGAUCAACUUCCGGAAGAAUUACGUUUUAUUCUUUUUACAACUCUAGAACAAUAUUGUUUGGCUAUUGAAUCGAUUGCUUUUCCACUACCUUUGGGAUUUACAUCGUUUUUUACAUUUCUGGGUUACAGAACACUAGAAUAUGACAUUUUCUUACAAUAUGUACAAAGACAUGUUUUUGAAUUGCAAAUUGAUGUUAUGAAAAUUAUUAUGACUGACAUGGAUGACACCACAGAAAAUAUAAAAAGAAAAUUAUCAUUAUUAUCAUUUCUACCAAGAAUGCGAGCAAAACGUUUGUUAAAUCAAUGGCAUCAUCCAGUUAGUUUAAUGAUAAGAGCCAGAGAACAUGCUACAAAUAUUCUAUCGGGUGUGGAGGGUCAAAAUGUACGAUUAAGUGCUUCUCAGAAGACCACCAAAUACCAAUUGGGUUUUGCAGCUUUUCCAACACACGACAGAUUGUCUCCAUUAGACACAUUCUUGGAUUUACUAACAGCUAAAGCAAGUCUAAACGAAUUAGACUUUGGAUUAUUAAUCGAAGCAACAAUUUCAUCCAUCGACAAUGUUUAUUAAAAAAAAUAGUAUUCUAAUAA